AUGAAAGCCGGCGAAGUGCACGUGCUGGAUAAAUCUGCUUCAGGAAGAAAUAGUCAAGCACAAGCCCAGUCAGCAUUGAAAGUCCUAAAACUUCAGCUGGAAUCAUUUCAAGCCCUUCGACAACAAACUUUGCGGAAUGUAAAUAUGGUUCAGUCUGAAAUCAGCGAGAUACUUAAUAAAAAUAUUGCCGAUGUGAAACGUCCUGAAUUUAAUCCAGACCCUUUACUUUUGAGCAGCACGCCUCUCCGUGUUGCUAUGCCUAGACGGUGUCAAGAAGCAUCACUGUUAAAGAACCAACUUCAUCUUGAUAAGAGGUUCACGCAGUGUUCUGAAACCUAUUCCAACAAAAUCUUUGGAGACUCAGUCACAGAUGGAAAUGUUCCACAUCACAUUUUGUCAAAAUAUCAGUUAGUUGGAAAAGCUCAAGCCUCUGAUCGAACCCCUAGAGAAAAAGCUAUCCUGGCAUUAAAAAAUGACCACAAAUUGAAGAAUUCUGCCACCAGCAGUUUUUCUCCACCUUGGGUUGGUUUCAGAACAGAAGCAAAUUCUGCCCUUGGUGAGAUUAAAAACUAUGCUGGACAUAAAGAUUCCACGGCCUUCCAUGCAGGUGAGAAUGAGCAUGUGAUAGACAGUAUGAGUUCUUCCUUCAGGGACAUGAAAGAGGACAAUAGAAAGAGUCCUAGGCAUGAAACUCCAUAUACCUUUGGAGUUCAGAAUACUUCUACUGUUUUGUAUGGUAAAGGCAGUGAUUCUGGUUACUUGUCAGAACAUUCUCCAACAGAAAAAGCAAUUGGUAUGUCAAAUGAGGAUUUUAAAUCCAAGAGGACUUCCAAAUCGGAGGAUUCAGUAGAUGAGCUUAAUAUUUCCAUUGGUUCUUUAAAAGAAAACAAUCAGACUGAGGGCAAGAACCAGAACAAAGAAUUUUGUGUUAAAGGUAACAUGAUUGAGAAGUUGCAGCCAGAUUUCUUGCCCCAAAGAGGUCAAGAUAAAUCUUUUAUUCUGGAACACACAGAGGAAAGAAAAAAAGACAGCCAGCUGCAGUUGCUGGGCACAAAACUAGAACUUCAAAAACAGAAAGUUCUGGAAUCCUGUGAUAUUGAUGCUGGAUCUGACAACUACCGUAGAAAAAGGGGCUUGCUAGAAAUGUCUCCAAAAGAGCCUGAACCCUUGCACAAAAAAGUGGUAGAUCUUCAGAAUGAAAACAUAGACCUCAAGAAACAAAUGAAAUCUCUGACUAGUGUUAUACAAUUUCUAACUGAGCAAAAUUCAAAGUAUCAGAAGCAAAUUAAAGACUUACAUGAUGAGAAGAGCAACAUUCAAGAGAGGCUAGUGAAAUCAGACAGUGACUGCAAGGAAUGUAUUAAAGAAGUUAAAAAGUUACUGAAGAAAUGCAAGGAAUAUGAACAGCGAAAGAGAAUUCUGGAAGAAAAACAGGAUCAGCUUCAUGUUCAAAACCAACAAAUAAUGCAGAACUUGGAUGAUUUUCAGAAGAAAAACCAAGAAGCCCAUGAAAGCCUGGCAGCUCUCACACAAGAAAAAGGUGAUCUUGUUGUAGCCUUAAGAACUCUGGAAAGUCAAAUUGCAUCAUUUCAAGAGGAGCGUAAAGUGUUAGAAGAAAAAGUAAGUCAGCUUAUAGUAGAAAAGAGUUUGCUUGAAAAGAAACUUGAAGAGAAACAGAAGGAAAUGCAGCAAGUAAAACAAAGUGAAAACACUAGGCAGUCUGAUACAGAAGCUGUUCUUAGGAGAACACAGUCUCUUAAAGAAAAAAAGUUAAAACUUGAAAAGAUUUUGCAGGAGUCCACCGAUUUAAGAAAGGUCCUCCAGAAGGAGCUUGAGGAAGCCCAGAAAGAGAGAGAUAAUGCCAAGGAAAAGCUUCUGAAUGAAUGUAAAAACACAAGAAUUGAAACCGGAGUUUUAAAAACCAAGUUGUCCAACAUGGAAAGAGAGUGUGAGAGGCUGUCAGCACUGGCAGGAGGCAUGAAAGAAGACAACCGGGUUCUUAAAAAGGAAGUGUGUGAAUACAAACAGGAAGUUUCAGAGUACAAAGCUAGAAUAAGAACAAUAAGUGAGGCACUCCUGCUGACGGAAAAUAAAAUGCGUUCAGUGGAGAAUGAAAGAGAUGUACUGCAGUUUGAAGUGAAUCGUCUCCAUAGGAAUGGUAGCCUGAGAGAUGAAUGCGGCAGGAUUGCAGAAAUCCGAAGGACACUGGAAGAGAAGGCGCAUCACAAAGAGGAGGGGCCCAGGAACAUCCGGCAGCAUUUCAGCACGGUUUCAGUCCGCAGCACCACAUCUGUCAUCGGGGAGUCAAGCUUUCACACUGCUGUCCAGAAGAAAUAUAGCAUGCUCUGUACAGCGACUUAGUGCUUUGCGGGCUCUGCACACAAGUUUUACACACACAACUCCACCCCAUACAGACAAUUAGAGUAUCUUCCCGAUCUCUCUGUUUGAAAAAUAUAGCAAGGAACAGUGCUAUCAGAAACUCAAGAACAAUUAAACUGGGAAGAGAAACAGCAAAACUCACCUUUAAACUUAUAACAUUACUUUACUGUCCCCUUCCCUUACUUGUCUUUUCCUGAAGAAUGGAUCAGUUUGGGAUGUUUUUAAUAUAUUAUUGCAUUAUGAAAAAUAUGGUAUUCACCUCAGUUUUGUAGUCAGUCAUUACUAUUGUUUGGUCAAUGAAAAUGAGGCAAGUCAGGAUAUAAAAUGCAUUUCUAACAAAAUGUAAAAUUUUAAUGAAUUGAAAUAUAAAACCUGUCUUUAUUUUGUAAAAAAAAAAAUCUGAAUAUUUAUGACCUUUUGGUAAAGGGAUUUCCUUUGUUGCGCUAUGUUUUCCCAUAUUAAUGCUGUACAGAACAUUUACAAUUUGGUAGACAAAAAACAAUUUGAUGAAACACUUGCAUUUAUCUAAAUUGGUAUCUAUUACCUAAAGCAGGUACUAAAACCUUUGAAGAAAUGUUCCAUUUCCAUUCAGUUAGGAUGGCAAAUGGCUUUUUAAAAAACCUUGAUGUUAGUUACACAGCAAAGGAUACACAUUUAUUAUUGCUAACAAUAUAUAUAUAUAUAUAUAUUUUCCAAUGCAUACCUAACAUGUAAACACGUAUGUAACUGUUUAAAUACAACCUGCAUCAAAACAUCCUUCAUGUUUUAAAAACAUUAUUUGUUAAUAUAUUAUCAAUUUGCUUGUUUAUAUGUUGAAAUAUAAUCAGAAAUGGGAUACAAUUGUG